GAUCCACCUCCUUAAGUGAAUUGUUUAAUUGUUCACCAUCAUUCAUGACUGGAUGUGGCAGCUCUGCAGAGUUUAGAUCUGAUCCUUUGGUUGUGUUACUUAACUCUGUCUUUCACUCAUUUUUUAGCACACAAGUAGUCCUGUUUUGUAGCUUUCCUCGGAUGACAUUUCAUUUUCAGCUUUGUUUGGAAUGUUUAGGUUGAGUGUGCAUGUGUGCACUGCUUUCUCAGUACUUACUAUGAUCAUUGCUUGCUGCCUUGCUGGAUUUUUUUCUUUAUUAGCACUAAGCAGGCAUCGAGUUAGCCUCUAGUUGCAGAGUUGAUGAAACCUUGAAUUGAGAGAGAAAACAAUGAGCCAGCCCCAAGCCCAGCCAACUAUGAGGCAACAUUAAUAAAGGAGUGAAGGAUGGAGCCAAGAGCAACUGCCUGAGCAUGCCCCGACCUACCUGGAAAACUGCACAACAGGACAGUGCUCAGAAAGCUUUAGUCUGUCCCUCGUCCAGACUCUAACAGACAAAUAAAUUCUCUCAAGAGUCAAGGAUUCCACUUUUACCUCUUUGCUGCUGGACUAGAAAAAUUGCAAUGGAUGAUCCAUUGUGGAGUGCCAGAAUAUUGCAAACUAAUCCACAGGCAGUCAAAACUGUGCACGCAAGGUACCUUUCUAGUGGUGCCGAUGUUAUUACCACAGCCACAUACCAGGCAACUCUGGCAGGAUUUGUUAAGUAUCUUGAUUUAAAAUCCGAGGAGGCAGCUCAGCUUUUACAGUCAGGUGUAUAUCUCGCCAAAGAGGCUGUUGCUGAGUUUCUCUCAGAAUCCAGAAAUUCCGAGAGGAGAAAACCUCUCAUUGCAGGUUCCAUUGGGCCUUAUGGAGUUUUUCUGCAUGAUCGUUCUGAAUACUCAGGAAAUUAUGUUGAUUCGAUGACUAAAGAGGAACUAAAGGCUUGGCAUCGACCUCAGAUGCAGUCUUUGAUAACUGCAGGAGUGGAUCUCAUUGCUAUGGAAACAAUUCCCAGUCAGAAAGAAGGAGAAGCUCUGGUGGAACUUCUUAGGGAAUUUCCUAACGCUAAAGCUUGGUUGUCAUUUUCUGCCAAGGAUGGGAAAUGUAUUUCCCAUGGAGAGAACUUUGAUGAUGCAGUGAAAUUUCCAAUUAAAUCUGAUCAGUUGGUGGCUGUUGGAAUAAACUGCUGCUGUCCUGAUAUAAUUAGUCCACUCCUUAUGAGUGCCAAUAAAACUAGGGGUACCAAAAUAGGAUGGAUUGUAUAUCCCAACAGUGGCGAAACAUGGAAUCCUAAUACACACGGCUGUCGUUGCGGCAUCUGUCUUCUUUUGGCUGAAGAUCUCCCUGGGUCAUCUUCGGUCUUUUGUUGCAAAGACGUUUCAUGUGAAAAAGCUGGGAGAGAAAACCAGUCAACAACCAACUUGCAAAGUUUGCAUUGGAAUGGAAAGAGCUUGGUGCUAAAUGGAUUGGUGGCUGUUGCAGAACUACUCCAGCUGAUAUCGCAGAGCUACGAGCUACCCUAACACUGGAUUUGUCACAUGAUUGAGCUUCGAAUAUUGGCAAGAACAAUGUGAAUGCUGUGGACAUUUAUUGCGACUAAUUCUUCUGGCCUAUUGUUCAACUCCAAUUGUGUUGAUCUAAUCUUCAAAUGGAUGAUAGCAGACUUUGAUCUUUCAAAGUUUUAAUUUGGAAUGUCUCAAAAAGCUGAUUUUUAUAGACUUUGUAAAUAGCAUUUGAUCAACAGCAACGAUAUUACUUAAAAAAGCUAGCUUUAUAGUAAUUUCCUUACUAUAUUUAAGCAUCAAUAGUUCCAUGGAACAGUAUUAAUAUUCCAUGAUAAACUAAAUUGUUGUGGGAGGAUUUAUCACCAUUUUUGAAUGAGUGAGGUGUCAAUUUUAAAUAUUAGAUACUUGUUUAAAAAUGGCAAACUAAUUUCCUGACUAGUCAAGGAGUUAAUAGCUUUGUGAUAUAAUUGCUGUACUAUGGCUCAGAGUGUUGCAAUGGACAAAGCACUGUGUACUUUCAAUGAAUCUUCUGGAAAUUUCAAUGUAACUGAUUUGAUAAUAAAAUUUCAGUUUAG